AUGGCGCUAAAUAAUGAUUUAAUUGGGUUUAGAUUCGAGUAUGAUACUAAUCUAAGUAUAGAAUUACUUUAAGCUUAAAAUAAUAAAACAUAUUUAGUCUAUGUUGCCUAAUUUUAUUAGGCCAAUCAAUCAAAUUAGGUAACUUAUAAUCUUGAUGUUAUUGAUUGCUAAAAUCCUAGUCUUAUAGGCUUUAAAUGCUUGGAUUUUUCAAAGAUUUCUAACUACACCUUUUCUCUCGACACUUAAAAUAAUUUGUAAACUUAAAUUACUAUCAUGACUUACGGUUGCCUGGAUUUGGAUAACUAUAAGACAUUUAUUCCAGAUAAUUGUGCAAAUCAAACAGAAAUUGAUAAUGUAGUUAAUGGAUCAAAUAGUGUUUUACGACUAAAACUCUACACUAGUCAGUUUAAUACAACUUCAUAGGAAAUUUAAGCAAACUAUAGAAACUCAUAUGUCUAUACAAUCGGUAAUCAAUCAAUUUUAUCGAGGAUCAAGACAUAAAAGUAAGUUACAUCAGUUAAAAGUGGAUUGAUUAUACAAUCUGAAAUGACUUUUUCUUCUCCAAUAUAGUAUGACAAGCAAGAUUAUAGCUACGAUAGGAAAUAUGCUCUAGAAAAUAUAGGUUUUUAGAGCUUUAGCUCAGUAAAUCUGUUUCCAGAUGAACUAGUUUAGUAAAUUUAAAUUGAAUUUCCCACUCUUCCCCAAGUUUUUGCUUAAGUUAAUAGUAUUCUUACAUUGCUUAUGCUUUUGGGUGUUAUUGGUAGAGCUAUUUCUAGGUAUUCAAUAAAACAAGAUUUUUUUAUGCUUUUCUUCAAACAUUUAUUUUAAGCGAAUUACUUAUUAAUGUAAGGCGUUCAGAAGACUUAACAACAAAGUUAAUUGGAUGAUAAAUGCUAAGAAUAAUUUUAAUAGCAUAAACAAGAAAUAUUACAAAUCAAACAAUAAUAAUCAGAUUAAAAAGAUCAAAGGGUAGCAGAAAUCAAAUAAUUAUAGACAGAUAGUAUUAAUGAGGAUGAAGAAGAAAUAAAAAAUCAAGAUGAAAUAAGUUAAUCUAAAUCAAUUCCUUUUUUUUAUUACACACCUUCGUAUAAUAAAAGUUAUCUAUAUCAAAAUAAUAAUUUAGAAAAUUUAGAAUUGGAAUAAAAGUCAUUUAACAAUAGCACCAUUAAGCUUAGAAAAGAGCUUGUUUAAAUAAAUUAAAAAGGAAAAUUAUCAAUUGAAAAGGAUUCUCCACAGAUAAUCAACGACUCUAUCAUUUAAAAAUCAACUCUAUACAAUAAAUAAACUUCAAGCAUGAUUUCUGAAACUAUUUUUUCUAUCUAAAGCUAAAAAUCUAAGACAAAUGUUGUUUAAAAAAAGGAAUAAAACUUUAUAGGUAAUAACCUAGAAUAAGCUAAGAAAUGUGAAGAAAAUAAAUAAUAUUAAUGUUAAGAAGAUCAAAGCAAUAAAGAAAAAAAGGAAAUAGGUGAUUGUUUAACAAAUUUGAGAGUUCUUUAAGAUAGAAAAGUUUAUGCAAGAAUGAAAAAAUAAAUAUUUAGAAUAGUAUUGUGCAAAAAACGAUAAAAGUCUGAGGGGAUAGAGGCUCUAAGUUAAAAACAGUAAUAAAUGAUAGAUAAUUAGAUCAGAUAAGAUCUUAGUAUCUUAAAUUUUAUCAAAGAUAUGAUCUUUUUAAAGAAAGCUGUUAUGUUACUUUUAAGAAAAGAUUAGUUAGCAGCACUAAAUUUGAUAGGAUUUUCUACAAGUGCUUAAGAAUUAGAUUUUAAAAAUAUUCACUCAAAUGCCUAACUAA